AUGCGCGUUCUCGCGACAACGAAGACGACGCUUCUUCUCGGCGAACUCAAGCAUUGCUUCCGCACCAUGUGUGCCUAUCUCGGAAGCUUGACGCACGCCGUCGCGACGGCCGCGCUGCUACCGGGCGUCGUGAUCCACAUCGUGUUCCUGGACCCGACGUCCACGGACGAUUCAGCGUCACCACGGUUAGUUGCCGUCGCGCCCCCGCCAGACGACAUCGACUUGCCACCGCUCAAAGAGGAACCGCUGCCGCCGGCUGCAACGCCGCUGUCGCGGUCGUGCUUUGACGAGCUGACAACGUUGGGCGCCGGGCUGUUUGGCACGGUCCACCUCGUGCGCCAUAAACUCAGCGGCCAGUACUUUGCCCUCAAGGUUAUUGAGAAGGCGUCGAUUCCGUCCGUCCAGUUGGCGCGCCAAGUGGUGCGUGAGCGAGACAUCAUGCUUGCCGUGCAACAUCCGCUCGUCGCGACAUGCUUUGGCUCGUUCCAAGACGACGAGAACGUGUAUUUGGUGUCGGAAUACCUGCAUGGCGGGGACCUGUACCAGCAUCUACUCGACACGACCGACGAUGCGACGUCCCCACGAGUGGCGUCGCUGAGCGUUGCCGCCAUCCGUUUCUACGCCGCCAACAUGGUCAAAGCGUUGCAAGGCCUGCACGACCACGGCAUGGUGCACCGCGAUAUAAAACUCGACAACAUGAUGUUCGACUCUCUCGGAUAUGUCAAGCUCAUCGACAUGGGGUUUGCCACACACGUGGGCAUGUGCCGCGACAACGACGCCUCCGUUGGCGCAGACAAACGCACGAUGACUGUGUGCGGCACCCCCGAAUACAUGGCGCCGGAGAUUCUUGCUGGGCAAGGGUAUGGCAUGGCCGUCGACUAUUGUACGUCGCACAUGGAUAACAACCAGUUGACGAUGACUGUAGGGGCGCUUGGCGUCGUGCUGUACGAGAUGGCGAUGGGCGGCGCAAGUUUGUUUGGCGAUGCUAGUCACGCCAAGACGAUGGCGCGAAUCAAGGCUGUGGCAUCGCAUGGUCUCCCCACAGCCCCAGCCUUUGACAAGUUGGACGUGGCGCUGCAGAACUUCAUCAGAGGACUGCUGGUGUACGACCCGUCCAAGCGAUUGGGCUGCACAGCGUCAGGGUUUCAAUCGAUCGAGGACCAUCCAUUCUUCGCCGGCAUGAUCGACUGGAAGGCGCUGAUGGCCAAGCAAGUCCGCGCUCCCUUCGUGCCGGUUGUACCCUGUGAUACAUGGCACGACAGUCCACCCGACGAGUGCGAUGAGAAUCCGAUCGAGGACGAGUCGACGCUGUGGGGCGUCGACAAGGAUGAAGAGUACUACGACGGUGGUCUUUCCGUCGACCCCAAAGUUGCCCUCGUGUUUGAAGGCUUUUGAUGUAGUUGUUCGUGCCGUGUUACUGUUCAUGAUGUAAUCGAGCGUGUGAAUAUGUGUUUCCA